GGUUGGUUGCACAGUUGCUGGAAUGGGCGUGGAGUUGUAACGUCUCGCUUCAACAAGGCAAGAGAAGGCAACGGCGAAUGUCAAACCAGACACGUUCUGGAAGUCGCGAUAUGUAACUAGGAACUAAAUAGAAAAGCUCGACAACACAGCACGCGUCUGGCAAAACUAGAGAGAUGAUACCUGAGAGUUCUGCUCACCUGUUUUGAACCUCCGCAAAACCACCAAACCGUCCCCCACCCAACACUUUCACUAAUACUGAUCUGCCUUAGAUCCAUCAUCAACUCUUCUCUGGUGUUGAUCUAGACCACCACCAAACACCCACCAUGUCGGAUCCCACUGACCCCAGAGAGGAAAUCCUAGACUGGCUGACCAGCCUGCGUCUGCCCCAGUACGCUGUCGGAUUUUACCUGGGGGGCUUCCAGUGCCUGGAAGACUGCAGGGGGCUCACUGAAAACCGCCUCCUGGAGCUCCGAGUGUUCCCUACAGGCCACCGUAGACGGAUCCUAUGUAGUUUGGAAGCCCUAAGAUUGGUGGUGGAAGAGCCGGGGGAAGAGGAAAAGGAGGGGGAAGAGAGGGUGUGGGGCCAGAGAAUGCCCGUCCCCCAACCCAGACACAUCUUCAUGACAAAUAAGAAAAUGGUGACUUCCUGCCAGCCUAGUGAGAGGGUAGAGCAGGCAAGAUGGGAGGGGAGGCAGACCCUACACCCUGGGGCUGGCUUAGCGUUCUCUUCUUCUGUCUCUUCAAUCCCUAACACUUCUAUAAAGGGGUCUCCGAGACCACCUCAGCCGACACCGCGUGACCCUGUCAACGUACGCACCACUUCCUCAGCUUCGAACUCCACAUCUGGCAGCUGUGAUUCCCUCUCUGUCUCCUCCCACUCUGGAGAGGUGCCCUCUGAUUGUGAGAUCUCCUCUGAGGAGCCUUCCCCUUCCACUACAGACCUCUCUCCCAGGCCUGACCACGUUCUAUCUGGGAAAAACCAAGAGGUUUACCAGGCGAAGAUGGUGGAUAAUGUGAUCUAUGAGAGGGGCCCCAGCUUGAAGACACAAGCCAAGGGCCCCCGGCCCACCCGUUCCUACAGACUGAGGCACCGGCCAGUUCCCGGGAUUCCUGACCAGGUCAUCCUACCCCGCCGGCCUGGAGCUUGCCGCCGCUAACAUCCACAACCGACCUUGAACACCUUCCCUGCGCCCAGGUUCCCGGUGGUGCUCACGGCAACCAGAAAGCCCCACUGCAAAGAACGUUGUCUCCCAUUGUUCCUUAUGGAGAAACAUUCCUAUACAACAACCCAGAGAACAUACUGGACCAGGGUACUAAAGAACUGUUCAAGAAAGAAAUCAAAGAGAAUGUCAAGCAGAAGAAGCUGAGAAAGAAGCAUGGUAAGAUCAAGGAGUCCAGGAACAAGACACAGGUCCCUCCACCUACUUCAACGGUCCACAACCUCUAUGAAGAUGACUACUCUAUAGUGGAAGAGUGCACCACCAGUUGGGAACUAUCCAAUCAUGCUUGGCCUAACGCUGCUACAGCGACCCCGGAGCCCCUCCUCUCCGGCUCCCUGCCCGGGCCCGCCCUCUCCCAGGUCGUUCCCAUGACAACGGUGGUGUGUGACCUCUACUCGGAGCCCUUUGACACGCUGGGUGGUCUAGUGAAGAAUACGUUACCUGUAUUACCCGCGGACCACGACGAUAAUAUCUCCCCUUACGCCUGCUUCUACGGGGCCCCUAAGACCAAACUCAAGAUGGGUUGGCUGGACAAGCUCUCACCGCAAGGAAACUGUGUCUUUCAGAGAAGAUGGGUGAAGUUUGAUGGAGAGAACCUCUCUUAUUACAACAAUGAUAAGGAGAUGUACUCUAAAGGCCUGAUACCGUGCAGUGUGAUGAAGCAGGUGCGAGGGCAGGGGGACAACCGCUUCGAAGUGGUCACCUCCCUCAGGAUCUUCGUGUUUCGGCUGGAGAGGGAAGGGGAGCGUCAGGAGUGGAUGGAGGCUCUUCAAACGGCCAUACGCUCCCCUGCCUCCAUUUCCCAGAAGCCCCAGAAGUGUGGCACCAACAAACAUGGCAGCAUAGAGCUGAGAGGGUACAAAGGCAAAGUGUACGUCUCCCUGACGGGAACCAGAUUCAAACUGUGCAAAUCAGAACAGGACUUCAGAGCUGGCCUGGGUAUUUCCCUGAUCGACCUGACUGCUACUAACGUUAAAGAUACAGACAGGAGGCUCUUCCAAAUCAACACUCCCUUCAGAAACUUCUGCUUCACGGCCGAAUCGGAAAGGGAGAAAGAGGAGUGGAUUGAAGCAUUCCAGGAAUCGAUAGCCGAAACGCUCUCCGAUUAUGAAGUGGCCGAGAAGAUCUGGUUCAAUGAGUCCAACAGGAUCUGUGCCGACUGCCGAGCGUCGCAGCCCGAAUGGGCCUCCAUCAAUCUGGGGGUUGUCAUCUGUAAGAAGUGUGCAGGUCAGCACCGGUUCCUGGGCCCAAGCCUCUCUAAAGUUAGGAGCCUGAAGUUAGACAGCAGUAUCUGGAGCAACGAGCUGGUGGAGCUCUUUCUGGAGGUGGGAAAUGAGAACGCCAACAGCUUCUGGGCGGCCAGCCUGCCCCUGGAGGAAGAGCUUCACAUGGGGGCGUCGCCUGAGCAACGAGCCACUUUCCACCGCAGGAAGUACAGAGAGAGGAAGUACCGGAGGGUCUUGGGAAGCCUUCACGACCAGGAGCAGCUCAAUCAGGCACUGUGUGCUGCUGUGGUUCUACCUGAUGUGUUAGAGACCAUGUCAUUGGUGUUCAGUGGAGCUGAUGUGAUGUGUGCUACAGGAGAUCCAACCUACUCCACACCCUACCUUCUGGCCCAGAGGGCAGGGCAGAGGCUACAAAUGGAGUUCCUACACCACAACAAGCUCUCAGAUUUCCCCAAGCUGGAGUCGUCCUCAGAGACCAGUUCUCCGUCUGAUGCUCCGUCCUUCAUGGACGGCUUCCUCUACUGCUCCGCCGGUCCGGCCAAGGCCACCCUGGACAGGAGAGGCAGAGACGACAUGGUGCGACGCUGGUGUACUCUGGAGGGGGGUUUCCUUAGCUAUUAUGAGAAUGAACGGAGCCCCAUGGCCACCGGCAGAGUGGACAUCACUGAGGUGGUCAGUCUGGCUGUCAACAACACAGAGACCAUGACUGGAGCUGGGGCUGUGUUCAUGGUGGAGACCUACCUACAGUCAGACAGAGUGUUCUUGUUUGGCGCCAAGACACAGGAGACACAGCAAGACUGGGUCCAGGCUAUCGCCAAGUGUUUCGUCCCAUCUAAUGUAGAGGCUAUAUUGAGGAGAGACUGCGAGCUGAUUGGUCGGCUCUACUUUAAGGAAGGUCAUGACCUCUACCACUGGAGGGUUGGUUGGUUUGCUCUGGAAGGCUCCGCCCUCUACUUUAGUUCCGGGGAAAAGGAGAGCACACUGGGGGCCAUGCAGCUCAAACAACUACAGGAACUCACUGUUUCCACCCAUGUAGAAGGUGAGGAGAGGAUCCAAGUGGUCUUGAUGGUGGAGGGUGGAAGAACUGUGUACAUCCAUGGUUUCAACAAAGUGGACUUUGCGCUGUGGCACUCUGCGAUCAAAUUGGCCUCUGGUACGGACGGCAGGGCUCUAAGCAACCAGCAGCUGAGUAAAAAGGGCGUCCCCAUCGUUGUGGACAGCUGCAUAGCUUUUGUCACCCAGUACGGUCUGUGUCAUCAGGGAAUCUACAGCGUAGGUGGGGACCCGGGCCGUGUAUCCCUGCUCCUGGAGGCCUUCAGGCAGGACGCCCGCAACGUGAAGCUCCAUGUCCUGGAGCACCAGCUGGAGGACGUCGCUGACACCCUGAAGACCUUUCUGUCCCAGGCCGAGGACGCCUUGCUGACCAAGGAGCUCUACCCCUACUGGGUGUCUGCACUAGAUGAGGAGGAUGAGAAAAGGAGAGUGGAGAAGUACUCUAGAUUUAUCCAGAGUCUUCCCAAGAUCAACAGAUCCACCCUGACUGCUCUGCUGCAACACCUCUACAGGGUCCAGAGGUGCUCCCAUAUCAACCAGAUGCAGACCAGAGACUUGGCCUGUGUGUUCUCCUCCUGUCUCUUCCAAACCGAGGGACAAACCACACCAGAGAUCAGCGUGGUCCAAGACCUCAUCACAAACUAUGUACAACUUUUUGGGGUCAACGAGGACCAACUCAAGCAGAUGGAGAGUGAGAACAGUUUCAUCACACGAUGGAACGACAAGAAAGACACCACAUUCUCUCCGGCCGGGGACUUGAUCUUUGAGGUGUUCCUGGAGAGGAGGGAGCCGGAGGACUGCUGCUUAAUCAAGUUGUCUCCUACCAUGACGUCAGACGAGCUGGCAGAGUCCACGCUGGUUACGAGGAACGUGGUCACCAACCCGGUCGACCUCUGGACCACGUUCGAGGUCAUUGAGAACGGAGAACUGGAACGCCCAUUACACUACAAAGAGAAGGUUCUGGAGCAGGUGCUGGAGUGGAGCACUCUUGAUGACCCCAGCUCCGCCUUCCUCGUCAUCAAAAAGUUUGGAGAACACAAAAUGGCAGACACUCUCCCAGGCAGGAAGCAAAAACAGUUUAUGAGAGGGGAACAGGUGAAGUUCAAGGAUGGAUCCUCCAAGCUGCUUUCCGGACAUAAAUUCCAGGACAGAUAUGUCAUCCUCCGAGAUGACAAGCUGCUACUGUACAAAGAGAUGAAAAGCACUAAGCCAGAGAGAGAGGUCCCACUGAAGUUAGUCAAGUGUUACCUUGGACUGAAGAAGAAGCUCAAACCACCCACCAGCUGGGGUUUCACCGUCCACACAGACAAACAGCAAUGGCAUUUCUGCUGCGAGGGGAAGGAGUCUCAAAUAGACUGGGUGACAGACAUCAUCACGAUGAAGCAUGGAGGAGACCUCUGGUCAAAGAGCAGAGAUCACAGCAAACCUGCAGUUCAUAAAAGCAUGUCAGCAGCCAAGCAGAGUUCACAGAACACACAGAACACAGAACACAAAACCAGCAAAAACCCGUCAUACAGAAAGCUGUCCCUAAACAUCGGCACACCUCCCAGUGAAGAUGAGAAAACAAGGAAUAGGGAAGAUUGCGGCAGUCUUCAGCACAAAACAGCCAUAGUGGCUAAUUGCUUGAAGCAGAAGGACCGACUCCUGUCCCCCGGGACUGGUCAGAGAAAUGUUUCAGCGGGAGUGAUCCAGCCUCAGCGAUGUCCCUCUCCACACCCAGAGCCCCAAGCCCCUCAGAGUGGAGUCAAGAACCCAAACAGGAGGCCCGUUCUGAUGGGAGAGGGGGGUCUAAUGCCCCCCAACCUCCUCAACGAACUUAACUCUGUGCUGAAUAAGACUGGCCGUAGCGCCAAGGAGGAGAAGAGCUGAUGGAGAGAUAGAGAAGCCCAGAGAAAAGAAAAAGAUGAAAAUGUAAAGUGAGGCUGAGAAAAAGAAAGUGCAAGAAAGAAAGGGAAUGGAAGAUGAUUAGAAUGAAAAACAGAGCGACAUGGAGACAGAAAGACUGUGGAGACAGAAAGACUGUGGAGACAGAAAGACUGUGGAGACAGAAAGACUGAGUGAGACAGAAAUACUGAGCGAGACAGAAAGACUGAGUGAGACAGAAAGACUGAG